GCAGAGACAUCUCCGGUCGAUAAGCUAGUCUACAGAACAUAGUGUAAGGAACCUGGUGUGAAAAUUAUGAAGAUUUCAAAUAUCAAACCUUUUGCACUGAUCCUCAUCUUUUUCUCUCUGUUUCAUGGUUGUGUAGCAGCUUUAAACUGCACCAGUCCAUCCCCCGAGUCCAUGUUUAAGGAGCUUGACGACCAGCUAUUCCGUAAGAACCUCAUCCCACCUGUUGCAAGCUUCUCAGAGCCGCUCAACGUAACAAUCAGCCUCACUGUGGUUGGGAUUUUAGGAGUGGAUGAAAAAGUCCAAACACUGACAACUUUUUUAUGGCAAGUUCUGGAGUGGAAAAUAGCAGGACUCAGCUGGGAUGAGCAGGAAUGUGGAACUGAAAGAGUCUCUGUACUUCGGGAAAAGCUUUGGGUUCCAGAUGUUCACAUCUCAGAGUUUAUGGAUGAGAACAAAUCUCCUCAAACUCCCUACGUUUACUUAAACAACACAGGUCAUGUUUAUGAUGAUAAACCCAUUAGAGUGGUCAGCUCCUGCAAGCUGGAAAUCUACAACUUUCCAUUUGAUAUCCAAUCUUGCUCGCUGACGUUUGGGUCACAUUUACACUUUGCUUCGGAAAUACGGAUGCUUCCUGGCAUGACAGGAAAAGAGAUUAUGAGUGAAUCCAAACGUGUGCUGGAGACGAACGGAGAGUGGGAACUCUCCGACAUAAAAGUGGUUCCAUCCGAACUGGAACUAGAGGCAGGAAACUAUUCUGUGGUCCAGGUUCAGCUGAUCCUGCGCCGCAGACCAAUCGUUUAUGUGGUGAACCUGCUGGUCCCCAGUUGCUUUCUCGUCACCGUGGAUCUCAUCAGCUUCCUGCUGCCUCCUCAGAGUGUGGACAGAGCCUCUUUCAAGAUGACCCUCAUCCUCGGCUACACCGUCUUCCUGCUCAUCAUGAAUGACUUGCUGCCGGUCACAGGAGACAGGACACCCCUGAUCAACGUGUUCUUCUCCAUCAGCCUGGCUCUGAUGGUGGCCAGCCUCCUGGAGACGGUCUUCAUCACCAACAUCCAGUUCAGCUCCAGCCAGUACAGUGCUGUGCCUCACUGGCUGAGCGUACUGGUGCUGCGUUAUCUCGCCGUUGUUGUUUGCAUGUCUCCAAAGAAGAGCAACAGAGUUACAGUCUGCCUCAACCCGUCUUACAAAGAUUCAACAGCAAACAUAAACUCCGUCACUAUCUCAGGAAGCCAGGGCAUCUUAAAGGAACCACAUCCAGUGAAGGCGCCCACCUCUCCUGCGGCUCCCCUAGAGCCGGCUCUGGAGGAGCUGAAGAAACUAACCAUUCAUCUCACAGCCAUCCGUCUCCAGGUGGACAAACACUUCCAGGGGUCCAAAACCGCAGAAGAAUGGCAAAUGAUUGGAAUAGUAAUCGACCGUCUGCUGUUUUACUUGUACAUAGUCUUCAUCAUUGCAAGCUUCAUCACCAUCACAGGUAUCUGGAUCUGGAAUAAUACAUAUGCUGCGUAAGUUACAUCUGAAGGGAUAAAAACACCAAGAGUUUAAUGUUUUUAUUUCUAUUAGAUCUGCUAAUUUCCAUAAAACCAAAUCAAACAGAGGUUAACUUUAUUUAAACUCAGUUACAUACAAUUAAGUGUCUCUUCAGGUAGAUUCUAUGUAGAGUGGUGAAAAAUUUCACAACAGAUUUUUAUGAUUUUAUUCAUAGCAUCAAAAUGAUUAUAAUACUUUAUGUGAAGUAAUGAUUUUAUUCUUCUUCAUUUUCCUGAGCUUUUUGCACCAAUGUAAAUUUUGUUUGUAAGACAUUAAAAGUAAUAUAUUACAAGAUUAGAAAAGCGUUUUUGUUUGUUUUUGUUUUAAAGCAAUGAUCUUAUAAAGUUAAACUCAGUGAAAACAUAAGUCUGAGUAGUAGAAAUAAUCAGCAUAUUUCACAACAGCUGUAGCAAACAUAGUUUUUUGCCUAAAAACAACAUAUUUAUGGCUAAAAACGAUACAUUAAUGUAUUUGGACGAGAAAAUUGCCUAAUAUAAAACCAUCUGCAAAACAUUGACUGUUGUUCCAUGCUGACAUUUUGUCAUACAUCUGUGAAUUUAGAGGUGAAAAUGCUCUCAUAGGAUAAAGUGAAUGCAUAGCAGUAGUGAAGAAAGCAGAGACCCUGCACAGAUUUUUUACACAGUCGUAUUCAACUCCAGUCCUCUACCUAGGCUUCUGUUCAGGUUUUGUUGUGAUGGUUCUGGUCUCAUCUUACUGACUGUGUUCAGCAUAGCAGUCAGUAACUGUCUAUACCAGUGAGAAUGUUUAUGGCUGCUUGUUUUGACUACCUGUCUAAGUCAGGGGUCAGCAACCUUUCUCAGCUCAAAGAGACACAUUUCACAGUAGUUUGUAACCGCUGCUACAAUAUAAAAUGUAUCUAGAAAAACCAAAAAAAGCUUUGAAAGCUGAGGAAAUUAAGUUAAAAUGUAUAAGUAAUUAAACUUUUUCAAAGAAGGAAAUGGGCCAGCAGAGUGAGCCCGUUCAAUAAAUAUGGAAAAUGAAGAUUUACAACCCAUUUAAAAAUGUAAUGAAAAUAGUUUGAAGCUAAAAAAAAAUAUUUAGCAUACAAAACAUACAAAUCAGAGCUGCUCCAACAUGCUGCCACAAUGUUGAUCCAGUUCAUGCUAUGUAGAUUAACAAAAACGAAAAACACAGUCAAGCUCCUCUUAGUUUUAAGAGCCAUAUCUGACUCUGGAGUCACCUGGUUUCAUUCUAUAGGACAGAAGCGUCAUCUAGUGGCCACCCUCUUGUCUCUGACCUUUACCUAGCUUGUUUAUGGCUAUAAACAUGCUAUAAAAACCUGCAACAUGAGGACAUUUUGCAUAAUUCAGAUUACUUCUGAAUUACACACAAGAGGCUGCUCUAAUGUAAAACUGGUCAUGUUAUGUUUGAAUUAGGAGUUUGUAAAAAUGUAUGUUAAAACGUUUACAUUCAUUUGAUUCCAUAAUGUUUGUAAUAAAUAAAAGUAUAUUUCAAGGUCA